CAGGCAUAUAGCAUCAUCUGCACGGACCAACCACUGCUCUGAGCAGGAAACUUUGACACAGCCUGAAGACUGCACGGUUGGUGCGAGAGCUGAACGGUUGAAGGGAAGAAGGUGUUCCUGAACCUGGUGAUGUGGGACUUCUAUACAUCUUACUUGACAGGACCCGGAACAAGAUGCUGCCUGACCUGCUGAGUUCCUCAGGCAGCUUGUUUGAUCUCCAGGUUUCAGCAUCUGCAGUCGCCUGUGUCUCCAGGAGUAUGCAGUCCAGCCUCAUUAAUCAGCCCCACAGAAGGUGGAAAAGGAACCUGUGAUUGAGUUAAUCCUGAGGAUUUCUGCAGAGGGUGAAAAAUAUCAGUCAUGUUGGUUUGAGUGGAGGGCGUUGCAGUGUUAAAUCUUCUGCCUCUUUGAUGUCCCAGUGCCUCCUUUCAACUUUUGUGUAUCCGGCACUGUCUGGAAGGAGGAGAUGAGUGGGCUGACACUCCCUUUAAAUACAGCAAGCUCGAUCUGCCACUCAGUCUGUGGACAGUGAUUUCACCAGCAGCUCUCCUUAGGGCUGUGCUCAACUGGAACCUUAAAGGAAAAUCCUGCUUGCUCUUGAAGAAAUGUCUGGAGUCUGGAAUGUGGUGUGUCUUGGGAUGCUGACCUGCUCCCUCUGGAUGGUACUGGCUGGCUGUGACCCUCAGCAACACCAACUCCAGCACACGUUUAAAGACAGGGUUCUCAGGAAGCUGGGGCUUGUCAAGGAGCCGCGUCUGACCAAGAGGGACCUGGAGAGGGUGGUGGUGCCCACACACCUCCGCAACAAGUACAUGUCCAUGCUGAAGCUGCACAAGGAGAAGGAGAGGAGGCGGAGAGCCCUGCCCAGCCUGGCUGGUAUCUUGCGAGGAGUCCCCGGGAACUCAGACAUCACCGGAGAAGUGCUGUACUCAGACCCCACCAGGCAGAGGCUGGUUUUCGACAUGAAGGGGUUGAUCCCUGACAACAGCGAGGUGACCAUGGCAGAGCUCAAGCUCUUCAAGAAGGGCGUCCACAAGGGGGAGCUCCCUCCCAGGAAACACAGCCGGCCUGUCAACAACGCCAGGGUCAGUGUGUACUGGGUCAAGAUCCUGGCCGAUGGCACCAACAGCACCUCGCUCAUCGACUCCAGGCUGGUCCCCAUCCUCGAUUCCGGUUGGAAGCUGUUCGAUGUCACCCAGGCUGUCCACUACUGGCAGAACACUAAGGAGCUCCAGAUGUACCUGGAGGUGUGGAUCGAAGCUGAGCGGCCGGGGAGGCACGCAGCCGAGCUUGCCAGGUUCAUCCGCUUCACUUCCCAGGAUCCCACUGACCAGAUGCUCGGAAAGCCAGAGCUGCUUCUCUACACUCUCAACUUCAGUGAAUACGGUGCGGCCGGAGACUGUGGGGAAAGCCAGACUCAGAGCAGCGGGACGUGCUGCAGGCAGGAGCACUUCAUCAACUUCCGGGAGCUGCCCUGGACCCAGUACUGGAUCAUCGAGCCCCCUGGCUACCAGGCCUUCCGCUGCGUUGGGGGCUGCAAGCAGCCUCGGUGGCCCUUCGUCUACGGAGAGAGGAGCUGUGUGGCGGUGGAGAGCGCCUCGCUGCCCAUGAUGUACCUGGUGAAGAAGGGCGACUACACGGAGAUCGAGGUGGCUGAGUUCCCCAACAUGAUCACAGAGAAGUGUGGCUGCAGCACCGACAAUAUCUCAGUCUUGUAGCCAGGCGGGACGGUGGCACUCUUUUCACCCUUGACACCAGCCCGCUGCCCUCCUUCCCCUGUAGGCCUGGCUGGCCUGUGUCACCAUGGUUACCGGUGGCUCUCCCACCUCUCCAAUGGUCAUGCCAGCUGGAAGGACAAGGGACUUUAGUCAGGGAGGGUUGUUGCACUUCCUCUCUAAAGAGGAGGGCUUUUCAUUUGGAGGUGUGGAACUGCCUCAUCAGAUCCGCUUCCUUUAGUCAGGGACUGCAGGAGUGUUGGCAUUAUUUGUCCUAUCCUGGUCCCCAUGGGAAGAUGAUAGAUUUGGGGCUGGCUGACUUAUUCCUCAGUCGAACCAUGCUGGAGACAGCACAAGAUGUAAAUGUUCCUGCUUUGGAUUGGUCAGACAGUGUGGGUUUUAAGUAAACAGUCUCACGCACACUUCUGUUGGCUUUACACACUCAUCAACAUGUCCCGAGCUUAACCUGCCAGGGCAACCAUUAUUCAGAUUCCUGCCCAACUGUGUGUCCACUGACUCCAGGCCCUGCCCUUGGCCCAUGCGUCAAGACACUGAAAAAUGACAGCACUGUCUGAUGAUACCUUGACUGUAUCACAAGCACCCCAUGUAAAGGGAACUCAGCCACAAUGUGGGAAGCACUUAAUGACACUGCACAGCGUUUUCCUUUUAACAGCGCUAUUCGCUACACAGACAUUGAACACUUGGGGGGGGGGAGGAAUGCUUAGCCUUGUGCGUGGGGUUUGGAGUCAAGUGUAGGGGGUACAGGACCAGACUGGGUGGGGGUGAAGGUGAGCUUCUCCAGAUCCGUCCUGAGACAGUAUAGUAUGGACCUGGUGAUUGUACAGGGAGAGUGUGGUCACACUCAGGAACGUCUAGGAGGGAAUAAUUAUCUCCAGGCCAACAGGACGAGGAGUAUUUUGAACCAUGAACUUCAAGUGUGAUUCAACGUGGCAGCUUUGUCCUUGGUUAUUCUACCACAGGGGAGAGUAAAAUUGCUAUGUGUCCUCCCUAGUCCCACACGGCCUCAGACAUGGGGCCCUACAAUGUGGCUGUACCAUCGAUACAGGUUCCCCGAAUGCACUCGCUGUGCGGGGAUUGACUGCAUGUCCAUGUGUUCAUGGGCAGAUUUUAAUUCAUGUAUGAUAUUUGUAGAUAAAUCCUGAAUUAAA